AGCAGUUUGGCUGCCACUCCGCGAACGCCCGGCUCUUCGGUUGGCGGUCAGACACCGUUGGCCACACCGUUGAGAGACAAGUUGGCCAUCAAUGCGGAAGAGGCGCUGGUCUUCGAGGGCGACGAACGGUCGGCGAAACAGCAGCAAAAGGAGACGCGGGAAACGCUGCGCAAAGCGUUGUCAGCACUGCCGGCGCCGAAGAACGAGUACGAGAUUGUGGUCAACGACGAGGAAGAUAUGGAUGAGUCGGCGGACGCCGGCCUAUCCGUCGAAGAUCAGGCCGACCUCGACGACCAGCGCGAGCGGCGCCGACUGGAAGCGCUGGAAGAGGAGCGCCGCCGGCAGUCGCAACCCGUGCAGCGACAACUGCCCCGACCCGCCGACGUGAACAACUCUAUACUGAGAACCGGCGCCCAAGCGGCUGAUCCCCAGAUGUCGGCCAUACAGCGGGCCGAAGAACUCAUCAAAGAAGAGAUGCUGGUUAUGCUCCACUACGACGCCGUACACAACCCCACAGACAGUCAACUCAUGGCCAGUAGUUAUCGGUCGGCCCGCAGUGGCAAUCAAUCCAAUCCCAAUGCUGUCCACACGACGUUUCUGGAGAAACACCCGUACGUUAAGUACAGUAAGGAUCAGUUGGCGGCGGCCAAACAGGUGCUCCAGACCGAGAUGGAUGUGGUGAAGCAGGGUAUGGCGCACACGGAGCUGACACUCGACGGUUACUGUCAGGUGUGGGACGAGUGUCUGUCGCAAGUGCUGUACCUGCCGUCCCAACACAAGUACACCAGAGCUAAUCUCGUCAACAAAAAGGACAGAAUUGAGUCAUUGGAGAAAAGACCAGAAUCGGUCUCAUAUGACGAAAGAGGCGAAAAAGGCGGCGAAGAUUGA